CCUCUGGGGCAGGUGUAGCUGUGGCAGGGCCCGGAACGCCUGGGACCCCAGGAAUGGCUGGGGGCAUGGGGCCCCGGCUCAGGGACUUCCUGAGUGGAAGUCUGGCCACCUGGGUGCAGGGCCUGGCAGAGUUGGUUGGGGUGGGCCAAGAGGAGGAAGAUGGGGAAGAGGAAGAAGAGGAGUCCUUGAGUCUAGAGGAUCGGUUCCUGAGGCUCAGCGAUGGGGCUCUGCUGCACCGGGUCUUGGGUCUCAUAGCCCCCAAUUCCCGAGGGGGCCUCCGGCCUGGAGCUCAAGGGGGCCCUGGGGCUCGUCGGGUGAGACGUCUGAGCCACCUGCAAGCUCGAUUGAGAGACUUCUACCAGGAGGAGCUGCAGUUGCUGAUCCUGGUGCCGCCCCCGGACCUCCAGAUGCUGGGCUUCGAGCCCCUUUCAGAGGAGGCCGUAGAGGGACUGGAGGGGAUCCUAAAGCUGAUGCUGGGGGCCUCCGUGCAGUGUGAGCACCGGGAGCUCUUUAUUCGGCACAUCCAAGGCCUCAGCCUUGCUGCGCAGAGUGAGCUGGCAGCCACCAUCCAGGAGGUGACCCAGCCAGGGGCAGGCAUGGUGCUGGCCCUGGCAGGGCCUGAACCAGGGGAGCUGGCCACCCCAGAGCUGGAGCUGCUGGUCCGUAGCCACACGGAGGCCUUAGUGAAGCUGGCCAGGGAGCGGGACCGGGCAGCCCAGCGCCUGGCAGAAAUGCUGCAGGAGCAAGAGGUGCUCUCCCUCCAGCCAGAACCCCCCCAGAGGGUGUCUCCAGAAGGACCUCACCACCACCUCACUCUGCAGCUGGCAGAUGCCAAGGCCCAGCUCAGGAGGCUGAGGCAAGAGCUGGAAGAGAAGGCUGAGGAGUUGUUGGACUCUCAAGGGGAGGUGCAGGGGCUGGAGGCUGAGAUUCGGAGGCUGCGACAGGAGGCCCAGGUGCUGUCGGGCCAGGCCAGGAGAGCUACUCUGUACCGGGAGGAAGCAGAGAUGCUUCGGGAACGGGCUGCGCGCCUGCCCCGACUGCAGGAGGAACUGCGGAGGUGCCGAGAGAGGCUCCAAGUAGCCGAGGCUUACAAGAGUCAGCUGGAGGAGGAGCGAGCCCUGUCAGGAGCGCUGGAGGCUGCCAGAGCACUGCUGGAGGGGCAGCUAGAAGCUGCCCGGGAGCGCUGCUCUCGUCUCCAUGAGACCCAGAGGGAGAACCUCUUGCUUCGGGCACGGCUCGGGGAGUCCCAAGUGGAGUUGGAAUCCACCCGACAGCAGCUAGACCAGCUGGUGGAAGAGAAUGUGGAAUUGGAGGCAGAGUUGAGACGGACCCUGCAGCCAAGCCCCAGCUCUCCUGGGGAUGGACCCCAGCCUUGCUGGGCCCCUUCUCUGCAGGAUGAAGUCAGGGAGGUAGAGGUAGGGCGACUCCGGAGCUUGGAGCAGGAGAACCGGGAGCUUCGAGGACGGCUUCAGGAACUGCAGGCAGGGAGGUGGAGCCAGCCUCCCUUGACUGAGGUAGAAGAUGAAAAGUCAGAAAUUCCCAAGCCUUUGGGGUUCCCAGAUAUUCCAACGUUGAAGAUUGAGCCCCCACCAGAGUCGGACUCCUCUGGUGACAGUCAUGGAGAAUCUGUCCCAGACUCAGAAGGCUCUGUGUUUGAACGCUGCAGGCCCCCAGACUCUCCGGCGGCCCACCCAGAUGCCUCUGGGGAAGCAGAGAAGCCAGCCCCAUCUCAGGACCUAGAUGCUUUGGUCUCGACUCAGCAGCAGACAGAAGGGAAGGCUGUCAAAGGAGAGCUCCAAGGGAAGAGGCUAGAAGGGGAAAUGGAGGCUGAGGCUGGAGCCUUGAGUGCUGAGCAUAAACCCUUGGCACUGAGGCAUGAAGAGCAGCCAGGGGGUCAGCCUCCCAGGCUAAAACUGGAGGGGGUGGAGGGAGAGGGGGAACAUGGAGACAGUGAGUCUCCGGUCCGGUGUCAGGUGAGGGUCCAGGCUGAGGAGGGGUCAGUUCAAGAGGGGGAAGUAGGAGAAGCUGGGGCCUGGGAAAGGGAACAGCAGGCUCUGAAAGAGGAGAUUGAGAUUCUGAAGAGGGUGAGGGAGGCUUUGGAGAAGGAGCGGGAAUCCCUGAAGGGAGAAGUGGAGGCCGGGGAGCAAAGAUUGAAGGCCUUGAGUGAGGAGCGUGAAGCUCUGAGAGAAGAGCAAGAGGUCCAGGGGCAGAGGCUGGAGGCUCUGGAAAGGGAGCUAGAGAGCCUUCAGCAUGAGCGGGAGGCCCUUCGGGGUGAGCUGGAGGCCCAGGGCAAGAGGCUGGAGGCCCGGGGAGAGGAAGCUGCCCGACUUGGGGAGGAGCUGGCUCAGGCUAGGAAGGCUGAGGCUGAAGCACAUUCCGAGGCCAAAGCUGAGGCCCGGGAACGAGACGCGCUUCGGGAGGCCCUAGAGGCUGCCGGGCAGGAGUUGGAGGCUGCAGGGCGAGAGCGAGAGGCUCUGACAGAGGCUCUAGGUGCUGCUGGGCGGGAGCGCAGGCAGUGGGAACGGGAGGGACCCAGGCUGAGGGCCCGGGCAGAGGCCGCUGAGCAGAAGCUGCUGGACCUGGAGAGUGAAGGGCGGACCCUGCGGGAUCAGGCUGAGAAGGAGCAGCAGGUGAUGGAGGUCAUGAGAGAGGAGCUUCAGGGGGCAGUGGUGGAGAGUCAGAAGCUGAAGACCCAGCUGGAAACGGUGCAGUCGGAGCUGGAACGGGUGACCCAGGAUCGGGAGCAGCAGCUGAGGGAGAAGGAGAAGAGCCAGGAGAGGACAUAUCAGGCUUUGGAAAAGCGUCUGCAAGAAGAGAGGCGGGUUGCCCUGGUCGCCAAGGAUGAGGAAAUGAUGGCUCUAAAGGCCAGGGUCCAGGCCCUGGAGGGCCAGCUCCAGUGCCAGGCUUCCUCGGGGCUGAAGGCCGAGGACCCCCCCGGGCCAGGGGCAGCCAGGGAGGUUCCCGCUGCAGUGGAGGUGGUCCCGGAAAGCCUCAGUGGGCGACUCAUCAUGGUGGAGCGCAGUAACGCGGCUCUGGCCGCAGAGAAGACUGCUCUGCAGGGGCAAUUGAGGCAUCUGGAGGGCCAGGUGGGGAGUCUGCAGGGGAGGGUCCAGGAGCUGCAGCUACAGAAUCAUCAGGCCCAGGAGCGCAGCAGCCAACUCCAGGCAGAAAAAGCAGUGCUGGAGACACAGGGCCAAGAGCUGCGGGAGAGGCUGGGGGCUUUGGACAAGGAGGCACGAGGGGUGCGGCAGGAGCAGGAGGAGGCUCGGGUCCAGCACCAGGCGCUGCUGAGGGACCAUGAGGCUUUGGGGCGCCUACAGCAGCGGCAGGAGGUGGAGCUGGAGGGGCUCCUGGGCCGGCAUCGGGAGCUGAAGGCCACGCUGAGGGAGCUGGAGCUGGCCCACAAAGAACUGCAGGGCAGGCAUGAGCAGCUGCAGGCCCAGAGGGCCCAGGUGGAGGCCCAGGAGGUGACUCUGCAGGCAGAGCGGGAGAGGCUGGCUCAGGACAGGCUGCAUCAGAAGGGCCUGGAGGAGGAGCUGCGGCGGCUGCAGAGCGAGCAUGAGAGGGCCCAGGUGUCCUUGGCCGAUUUUUCCCGGGAACGAGGGGAGCUCCAGGGUGAGCGUGGUGAAUUGCGGGGCCGACUGGCACGGCUCGAGCUGGAGCGCGCACAGCUAGAGGCCCAGGCUCAGGGCCUCCGGGAGGCCAACCAGAGGCUGGACCUCAGUGUCUGCCGGCUGACCACGCAGUGCCAGCUGCUGACCGAGCUGCGGGCCGCGCAAGAGGAGGAGAAUCGGCAGCUAUUGGCUGAGGUGCAGGCGCUGAGCCGGGAGAACCGAGGUCUCAUGGAGCGGAGCCUGGAGAGCCGAGACCACCUGCACAGAGAGCAACGGGAGUACCUGGACCAGCUCAAUGCUUUGAGACGAGAGAAGCAGAAGUUGGUGGAAAAGAUCAUGGACCAAUAUAGAGUACUUGAGCCGGGACCCCUGCCCCGGACCAAGAAGAGCAGUUGGCUGGCAGACAAAGUCAAAAAGCUGAUGAGGCACAAGAGGGAAGGGGGUCUGCAUGGAGGACCCCGACUUGGGGCUGAAGGAGCCGGCAGCACAGAGAGUUUGGGUGGUCCCCUGGACGUGGAGCUCCCCGAGGGCAGGGAAGCCAAAGAAACAGCUUCCCCCGGGCCUAUGCGCAGGGCCCAGAGCUCUCUCUGCCUUCAGGAUGAGACCUCGUCGGGUGGGCAGCGGCGGAGGCUCAGCUCCCGGCUCCCUGUGGUUCGGGGCUCUGAAUCCUUCAGCCCCGGGGAUUCGCCGCGCCAGCGUUUCCGUCAGCGUCGCCCUGGACCUUUAGGGGCACCUAGCUCUGGAAGCAGAGGAUGGGAAGGCUCAGGUGACGUCUCGGAGGGGCCGGAAGCUGCUGCUGCCCGAGAGGGUCCUUUGGAACGUGAGCCCAAGAAGGCUCCUCUCACGUCAUCCCUCAGCCAGUGACCCCACGAGCCGCUCAGGAGCCCGUUGGACCGGGAGGCAGCACAGAGCAGCACCCCAGAGGGCCCAUGGCCACGGGGCUUACGGCCCGGAGGGGAAGGGUCUCUCUCUGUGGCUGGCUCGUCCUGGGGCCUGGGGCUUGGGGGGAGGCUGCUGGGCCCUCCUGCUUGCGUGAGUGUGUCGGGAGGGCAGCCCCAGGCCACAGGCUUCUGUGGGGGGGGUGUCCCUGGAUCCUGGGAAGGGUGGGAGGAGGCGCUGGCGUCCCUGGCAUGAGGAACAACAGCCACAUGGGCAGAAGAGGCGCCUUUGAGGAGAGGGGCUUGAGAAGAAGCUCGCCUGGCUUCCACGCACCUACCCUGCCCAAGGCCCCACUUCUGUUAUUUAAACCUUUGCUUUGUCUUUGGCAAGAUAAGAAUAAAGCCUGUGAUUGAACGAGGCUCUGCUGCUGGCCUCUCCCCAGACAGUGCGACAGGAC